AUGGCUAACAACGUGACCGCUACAAAAGAGGCUACCAAGCGUACAUUCACCUGCAGUUUCUUUCGUGAGGAUAUGACACACCUGAUUCAGUUGAGCACUUUAGUUACUGGGCAUAACUUGGAUGAGUUCAGGAAGACAUAUGGCCAUAUCUUGCACAUGUUAACUUCUCGGGUUGAUGGAUGGGCUCUAUACACACUUCUUCAGUUCUACGAUCCUGAGUUACGAUGUUUCACCUUUCUUGAUUACCAACUGGCACCAACCCUUGAAGAAUAUGCUGACAUCCUCAAGAUUAAGCCUAAUGGUGGAACCCACGGAUUCCAUGUGAAAUUUCUGAUAAAGAAGGCCGACACCCUUGCUGUUGAGAAGAAAUGGAAAGAAUUCAACGCUCUCCUAGCCGUUAUGAUCUAUGGUUUGGUGUUGUUCCCGAAUAUUCCAAAUUUCGUCGAUCUAACUGCUGUUUGUCUCUUCAUGGAUCAAAAUCCUGUGCCCACUCUUUUAGCAGAUACUUAUUAUACCAUCCACUCCAGGUAUGGGAAGAAAGGAUCAGUUGGGAGUUGUUUACCGUUGCUAUAUGAGUGGUUCACCUCACACUUACCUAAAAGCGGGCCGUUUGUUACAACAAAAGACUCACAAAAAUGGCCUCAAAGGAUCAUGGGGCUUACUGGAAACGACAUUGUCUGGUGUCCUACCGGAAUGGACGUUGAGGAAGUUAUAACUAGUUGUGGUACUUUUGACAAUGUUCCCCUCAUAGGAACGAAAGGAACCGAUCCAAAGGGUUUAGAAAAGGUGAGGAGUGCCUGGAAUAGCAUCCAUACAGAUGAUCAGACUUCUCUAGGUGAAAAAAAUGCCGUUGCCAAACAAGCCUACACGGAUUGGGUUGAGGAUAGAGUUAAAGAUCGUCUGUUGCCUUUCCCGAAGGUUAAUCCAUUGUACAAGCAACCACCUAAGGUUCCAAUUGCCAUUAUGCCUGCUGAGAAUUGCAUCCCAGUAAAUAUGGAAAGCACCCAAUUGCACGAAAAGAAGUCAGAUGCGCGACCAAAACAUCAUCUUGUGGACCAAAUAGGGGUUGAGUUGACACAUGAAGCCAAGGUGCUGAAAGAAGGAUCUUUGAGAGUUCAAAAGAGGGCUAGAACGGAAAAAGGUGAAAGGGAUACUACUGUUGUUGUUGAAGAUCACCAGGAGAUCAUAAAAAGGGCCGUAAAAGAGGCAGAAGAGAGAUUCAAACGAGAGUACAGAGAAGACUUGAAGGCUUAUAAACUCAAGAUAGAAAGGGAGGCCAGAGCUGAAGUGAGGAGUCUGAAAAAGAAACUGGAAGAAGAGACCACCCAAAGGAUAGCGGUUGAGACUCAGCUGAAAGGAAGUCACCUCCGCACCGCCCGACUAACAGAAGAAAACGCCAAGCUCAGAGAUCGAAUGAUGGGAACUCGGAAUGUGAUAGAAGAUAAUUUAGCUAUGUUGGUGGAUCAAGAAACAUUAGAUGUUGUGUCUUCCUUUGGUGAUAAGGGUGGUCUAGAUCAUGCUUCCAAUGUCAUUCGAAUAACUAAACACGAGGUUCAGGCUUGCUCUCCCUUAGGCAGGGUCAGAAGAUGUUUGAAGUCUACUCGAUAA